AACAGUGCUCUGCCAGUUCCAAUACCUGCAGCGUGCCUUGUAUCUUACUAUCCGUCUCGCAUUAUAAAAUCAUUUUGAAUUUAUUACCCACGUUGCUCUUCAUCUUGAAAAAAGAUGAGAACUCUUGAGGAGACACAAUCCCGAUGGCAAUCGACGAUAAAUAAAUGUGGUAGUCUAAAGGAGCUACAACAGGCUGUCAAAAGCAAUGGGGCUUCAAGUCCGUGUCUGUCCGGCUGUCGGUCAGUUUGUUGGAAGGUGUUUUUAGUAUUUGAGGAUGCUGAUGUUAAAAACUGGUUGAAUAUUCUUCAGGAGACGAGAUCUCGCUACGAGGAACGCCGAGACCACUUCCUCAAAUAUAUUAAACAUCCAGAAUCGCUCGCAGAAGUAUCCGUUGAUCCACUUGCAGAUGACCCCGAGUCACCUUGGACUACAGUGAGACAAGAUGAAACCAUGCGUGCAGAGAUCCAACAGGAUGUGCGCCGGUUACCUGAUGACGCCAACUACCACGACACCCACAUUCAGCAGAUUGUGCUUGACAUCCUCUUUAUUUAUUGCAAGCUUAACCCCGACAGAGGAGGCUAUCGUCAAGGCAUGCAUGAACUAUUGGCUCCGAUCGUUCAUGUGCUUGAACAAGAUGCUGUCAACAGAUCAGCUGUCAGCGAAGCAACCCUUGAUGAGGCGAUGCUCGAGGUUCUUGACGCCAAUUACAUUGAACAUGACGCAUAUACAUUGUUUUCACGUUUGAUGGAGCAUGCGAAAUCGUUUUAUGAGGUGAUAGAGACCGAUACUAUCCCUGAUAACAGCAACAUGCAAGGACAGAGCUCCAGCAUCGUGGAACGAAGCCGUCAAAUCCACGAAAUCUAUUUACACAAGAUUGACCCAGAUCUUGCUAUGCAUUUAAAAAACAUUGAGAUUUUGCCACAAAUAUUCUUAAUCCGCUGGAUUCGACUCUUGUAUAAUCGUGAAUUCCCAUUCACGCAGUUUUUAAUCCUGUGGGAUACGAUCUUUGCCGUCGACCCAUCGCUACAGUUGAUUGAUGUGAUAAGUUGUGCAAUGCUUCUGCGUAUUCGAUGGCAACUUCUCGAAGGAGACUACUCUGUGUGUUUGCAAACCUUGCUCAAAUAUCCUAUUCCAAGCGGAGAACAUGGGCCACACACAUUUGUAGAUGACGCUAUAUAUUUGAAGGAACAUAUGACGGUGAAGGGCGGUCGCGAUCUCAUCAUCAAAUACAGUGGCAAACCGCCAGCUGAACCUGGUUCAGUUACAAGCAGUGUUGCACCCAGCAGCCUAACGAACGCACACUUACAACGACAAAGAGCAGCAAAGCUCAAGGCAUCACUACCAUCGCCAACAAAGUUUAUCCAACAGCAGCAAGGAAGCGUUGAAAACUUCUUGCAAGGCGCGGCCAAGGAGGUCCUUGAGCGGAGUGAGAAAUUAGGUCUAAAUCAAGCUGUCCGUGAUGCUGUUGGCGAGCUUCGACGCAAUAUGCAAAACCUCAAUGAGACCCGAGUCAAUUCCGCAUUGAACAGGACCAGCAAUGAUGCUGCUAAAGCUGUUGCACUACUGGAAAUACGCAAUAAGCAGCUGGCCAGUAUACUUGAAGAAACAGUUGCUAGCUUAAAAGCAGCCUCUGAAUCUGGGCUUGAGGACAAAGCAAAAAGCCUUGAGCUAAUUGAAAUUGCAGCUGCAAAGGCACAAUUUGUUCAGAUCUAUCUUCAAGAUUCGACCAUGGAGGUUCCGAGCUACGAUAACAGCGUUGAACAAAAGGAGAUACCGAAAGAAGCAACACCCAAGACUUCGGAAGCCAAGAAACCCUCAACCAAGGUGGAAGGCCAAAAACCACUACCCCCGGCACCAGCACCAGUAGCAUCAACUGAGCCUGUGCAAAGUUCCCAGCCCCAACAACCAAAGGCCCAAGUUAGGACUAAAGAAGUGGAAAGGUUGGCAAACCCGCUGGAGAAGGAAAACUUAAAUCUAGAAGGAGAGGUUAAACCGUCUGUGAAUGCUGCAAAGAACGCUUCGCCAGCCACUGUCGCCUCAGAUUCGAAAGAGGAUAACAAAGACGUCCCCAAGCCAGUAUCUAUGGAUAUUCCUACGAGAUCAACUCUGGCACAGUCGUCAUUUUCAUGGAUGCUUGAGCCAGAUGAGUCCACGUCGCCACUGUCUCCCACUGGAUCAGCCAAAUCUCCUUCGUUCCCCAACAAAAACAGGCGAUCCAAUCAUGCCAGCCGCGAAAAGAACUCGUUUUUAUUUGGCGAUCCAAGUGAUGAGAUUAAGGAUGAUGUACCGCUAGGUUCUACGUCUGGGCAGCUUUUUGGCAUGGAAUCAAUCUCCAAGUCUAAAGGACUUUGAAUCCGUUUACGCCUAUUGCUUCAUAUUACCCAUCUGUGCCUUUUAGUUGACUUGUACAUAUUACGAAAUAGAUGUCUUAUUUAGAAACUCAGAUUAUCGCUUUAGUGCCUUAUCUCUAACCCAAAAAGUGAUCACAAAGGCAGCCAAUCCAAAGAUGAAGCAAGGUACCAUGGCAUGCAUAGAAGCAAGUUGAUAGCUAGACCGAACAAUAUCGGCGAGGGUCUUGGGUAGAGUGUUGAUGUAGUCCAGGUUUUGACGAACCUUUUCUUCAAUUUCGUCCACGGCAUCACCAGGUAGUCUACGGCUCAACCCUGUUCGCAAAGUCUGCUGUAGAACGGCCGAGCUCAGCCCUACCAUUAGACUGGAGCCAAGAGCGCGGAAGAGGUAGGAGGUUGCGACAACAACCGCAGUGUCUUCAAGUGCUGCAUGGGCCAGCAUACCGACCAGGCUUGUAACAGUUCC